UCGCUCAUCUGAUGUUUGCUUUAGUAUUCGGCAAGCAACCUUCUGAUAUUUACGCAUUGUUUGGAUACAGUUCAAGUGUUGAUAAAAAAGUGAAUUUAGUGUGGUAAAAGUGGGAUGUAUUCAUAAGUGAAGAGUGAACAAUUUUAUUAAUAUUUUUCAAGUUGAUUCAAAAAUAAAAUUGUAUUAGUGUAUAUACUCAUUAUAUAUGAAGAGAGGACCUAGAAUUUCACAAGUUAUAUAAUUUAUUGAAAUUCCUUUCCGACAUGAAUAAUAAGUUGAACACUUCUCGCGAAAGAUGGAAAGUUGAAUCAUCAGAUAUUGCGAAAAGAACUCAUAAUCCUAUAAGGUCUAUUGUAGAAAAUAUCGUCGUGGAACCGAAUCCAAAUAAAAAAUUGAUUGCUCUAUCCAUUGGUGAUCCUACGACUUUUGGUAAUUUGAAACCGGCUAAAGAGGUCAUUGAAGCUGUUCAAGAAAGCGUUGCUUCGCAAUUAUAUAAUGGCUAUGCAGCCAGUACAGGAUAUCCAGAAGCACGGAAGGCGGUUGCAGAUUACAGCUCUAAUGAAUUUAUAAAAGUGGAUCCAAAGGAUGUAAUCCUUUGUAGUGGAUGUUCGUGUGCUUUGGACCUUUGCAUUACUGCGGUGGCUCGCGAGGGACAAAAUAUUCUAAUUCCAAGACCCGGAUUCUCGAUAUAUCGAACCCUGGCAGAAGGACUUGGAAUUACAGUGAGGUCCUAUAGUCUUAGGCCUGAUCGGGGCUGGGAAAUUAAUCUCGACGACUUGGAAUCACAAAUUGAUGAAUCAACUGCCGCUAUUAUUAUGAAUAAUCCCUCAAAUCCCUGUGGAUCCGUUUUUAAACGAGACCAUCUUCUCGAUCUUUUGAACAUGGCUGCCAAAUACUACGUUCCAAUUAUCGCUGAUGAAAUUUACGAGCAUAUGGUUUUUCCGGGGAGAAAGUUUUACUCGUUAGCCUCCCUUUCGACUGAAGUUCCAAUUUUAUCGUGUAGUGGAUUAACGAAAAGGUUUCUCGUUCCUGGAUGGAGAAUGGGCUGGAUUAUUAUCCACGACCGACAGAAUAUUUUAGAGAAGGAGAUUCGUAAGGGGUUGCAAUGUCUAAGUCAACGAAUAAUCGGUAGUAAUACGAUAGUUCAAGGAGCCCUUCCACGAAUUUUAAGAGACACACCACAGGAAUUUUACGAUGAUAUUUUAAGAACAUUACAUAAUAAUUCACAAUUGACGUACAAUUACGUAGUCAAUAUUCCUGGCCUUAAACCAAUUAUGCCCGAUGGUGCUAUGUACAUGAUGGUACACAUAGACAUGCACUCGUUUCCCGAGUUUCAAUCUGAUCUCGAAUUCGUGCAACGACUGCUCGCUGAGGAAUCAGUUUUUUGUCUGCCUGGACAGUGCUUUGAUUACCCUUCCUAUAUGAGACUGGUAAUUACAGUUCCGAUAGAUAUGCUAGAAGAAGCCUGUAGCAGAAUUGAACAAUUCUGCGUUAGACAUCAUAUCAAGAGUCCGCAGUCAAGAAAUUCCCUGGAAGGCAUUGCAAUUCCUUAUUAGAGAUAUAAAGUGAUUUUAUUGAAUUGAUAAAUUUUAAAUUAAGUGUGUAAAUAUUUUAAUUCUACUAGUAAAAUUCAAGAAUAUUCCUUUAAAAGACGUAU